CGCCUUUGUAAUUGAGAUAUCGCGAGAGAAGCAAUCUUGUUCUUCAUGUUGCAUGAAGUCUCGCGAGAGGGGCGUUUCUUUCUUUUUCUCUUUCUUAGUCGAAGCCGGCAAGAUGCCUUCUAGAUUGAGGAAGACCAGGAAACUGAGGGGUCAUGUCAGUCAUGGCCAUGGCCGUAUUGGCAAACACAGGAAGCAUCCAGGAGGCCGUGGUAAUGCUGGGGGCAUGCACCACCACAGAAUUAAUUUUGACAAAUACCAUCCUGGUUAUUUUGGAAAAGUUGGUAUGAGACAUUACCACUUGAAGAAAAACCAGCACUUCUGCCCUACAGUCAAUCUGGACAAACUUUGGACUCUUGUUAGUGAGCAGACAAGGCUCAACUACGCCAAAAAUACAUCUGGAUUAGCUCCUGUUAUAGAUGUUGUACGCUCAGGCUAUUACAAAGUUCUUGGCAAGGGGAAGCUGCCCAAACAGCCAGUAAUUGUCAAAGCUAAAUUCUUCAGCAGAAAAGCAGAAGAGAAAAUCAAAGAAGUUGGUGGUGCCUGUGUCUUAGUGGCAUAAAGGAUUUUUCAAUGUAUUCAGGAACGAAUAAACACAGUUUUCUAUAUGCGCGUACAUUUUCAUAAA